GUCAGUUUGUUUUAAAAUUUUGCCGCGUUCGCUUGCGAUUCGCUCAUGUUUCGACAAGCGGAAAAUAUAAAAUUUCAAAAUAUAUUGCGCGCGAACUUUGAACUCGUUUUGUGAACUAAAUUUCGAGUGACGUUUGUAAGAAAAAUAGAAAAAAUUCUUAAACCUUAUACUGAGAAGGAAAAUAUGUAUUAUAUACGCUCCAAGCUGGAAAUACUAUGGAUACACUAUUGAAUAACUUAACCAAUUUUAAACGCUUGGCUUCGAGAUACAAUAAAAAAUAAUAUUAAAAAAUUAAAUAAUAAAUAAAUAAAUAGCUAAAAGUCAUAACAAUAACUUUUGCGAGGUUUUUUAUGAUGCUGAUUUCAGUCUGAGUUUUAAGUGAAAAACAAAAACAAAAAUAAUAAUAAAUGUAAAACAAAUGCAGAGCAUUCGUUGAACGGGUUCGGCAGUUGACUCAUUCUGAAAAUUUAAUAAUUGAAGAAAUAUAAAUAUAAAUAAAUACUAGUGGCAUUUCGGUGUAUUUAACAUUUAAAUUAAAUUAUGAUCAUUUUAAAAUUAUAAAUAUAAAAUCGUAAAUAUUUGCAAUAGAAAACACAACUUUAAGAUGUGCUUUUUUCAAUAAAAACCUAUAGAAUCUGAUAUAAUCUAUAUUAAAGUUUUAAAAAAGUGUGACUAACUACGGUGAUUCUUCACGUUGAAGUAAAAUUUUGUGCAUCAGAAACAUCGUGGACUAUUUCCAUUAUCAAAUUAGUAACAAUUGAAAGUGCAGCAACAAAGGCAUAAGCUUAACGAGUUGUUGUUGUGAAGCACGCCACACAGCUUUAGAAUGAAAUGGAGAUGCAAGGUGAGGCUGGUCAUGGACCAACAACAGCAGCAGCAGCAACAGCGACACCGACACCUGAAGCGCCAAGAGGCGAAACAACUGCUACGGCAACAUUCGCAUCGCAGUCACGCGAUUUCAGCUGUCGUGUGGCUCAAACGGCACAGUCCGAAGCCUGGCAGGCAUUUAUUAGCUGCGAGGCGGCCCACGGCGACAGCAAUAAUUCCUACAACAGCAGCAGCAACAUCACCAGCAUCACCAGCAACAGCAUCAGCAACAGCACCAGCAACAGCAGCAUCAGCAGUAGCACAACAUUCCAUUGCACAUUGCAGGGCUUCGAUAGGGACGAGGAUAACGUGUUGUAUGCGUGCAGUGCUGUGCUCGAGGAGUCCGAGGCAGAGGCGGCCGUAUUAGGGCCAUGCAUGCUAGACACGCAACUAUCGAAGCCGCAGCACGAGCCGUACGCGCAAUUCGAACUGGAAAUCAAUGGGACCGUUAGUGAUAAUGUGAGUGAUACGUUUAGUUUUAGUAGCAACUGCAAUCGACAGUUGUUUCUAUGUGAGUCCAUGGAUGAGGAGCUGCUGUGUCAGCUGCAGCUCGAGCAGGAAACUGUGCGCCCCACCACGCCGCAGACAGCAACCAGCUGGCUAAACUUUCGCAUCGACCUGGGCGAUAGCCUGUGGUCCUGGCUGAACUUCAGCGAAAUGGUUGAGAAUGUCAGCGGGGGCCACGGCAACGACAGCACCAACAAUUCAACUACGAGCUUGGACAUGAUACUGUCCAACUACACCAUAUCCGACACAACAAUGAGCACAACAACAACGGCGGCAGCCGACAUUGUCAUAUCGAGGAGCUUCCUGGACUACUCCCCACACGGCUACGACUGGCUGUUCUUAUUCGUGGUCUUCUUCAUAUUUGCCGGCGGUCUGGGCAAUAUACUUGUCUGCCUGGCCGUCGCCCUGGAUCGGAAGCUGCAAAAUGUCACCAACUAUUUCCUCUUCUCGCUGGCCAUAGCCGAUCUGCUCGUCAGCCUGUUUGUUAUGCCCAUGGGCGCGAUUCCAGCAUUUUUGGGCUACUGGCCACUCGGCUUCACGUGGUGCAACGUGUACGUUACCUGCGAUGUGCUCGCCUGCUCCUCGAGCAUACUGCACAUGUGCUUCAUCAGUCUGGGCAGGUAUAUGGGCAUCCGCAAUCCACUGGGCUCGCGACAUCAUUCCACAAAGCGCCUGGCUGGCAUUAAAAUAGCCAUUGUCUGGGCCAUGGCCAUGCUGGUGUCCAGCUCAAUAACGGUGCUGGGUCUGGUCAACGAGAAGAACAUAAUGCCUCAACCGAAUGUCUGUGUGAUUAACAAUCGAGCCUUCUUUGUGUUCGGCUCGCUGGUGGCGUUCUACAUACCAAUGCUGAUGAUGGUCUCGACAUACGCACUCACCAUUCCACUGCUGCGCAAGAAGGCCCGCUUCGCCGCCGAGCAUCCGGAGAGCGAACUCUUCCGUCGGUUGGGCGGGCGCUUCACCAUACGCCCACAGCACGGCCAGCAACAGAUGCAGAUGCACGGCAGUCUCACCAGGAGCACUUACAGCAACAACAAGUGUCUGGCGAUGGGUGGCAGCAGUCGCAAUGUUAACAAUGCUGAGACCGGAAUGGGUAUGGGCGUGGCGUCAAGGACAAGGUGCACCAGUGCAGGCGGAGGUGGCAGCAAUAUUGACUGCUCCGAGCGACCAUUGAUGCAUCAGCGAGCCACAUCCAAUCGAAGUGUCCCCAGCGUCAGCUUUCGCAACGUGGCCAAUGGAGGCGGCUGCGACGGCGGCAGCAGCAACAGCAACAGCAACAGCAAUAGCGGUAAUCUGCAUAAUACGGGACGGACUAACUUCCGACUUGCUGGCAGUGGCAUCUUGCGGCAAUCGUCCACCCCACCGACAACGAUCUCGUCCACAUCAUUCUCGACGCGUGGCAAGGCACCGACCAGUAGCUUCUGGCGGAAGCGUGGUGCUGCCGGCAGUCCCUAUCUCCUGGACAGUCAUCCGAAUCGACGGGCCUCGUUGCGCGGCAGUGUCUCGCAGCCACAAUUGGGUUACGCGACAAAUGGAAAUGGAGGACAGGAACCAGGUGGCGGAGCCAACGUGCCUGGCGGAGCAACAGUUGCGGCAAGCAGCUGCAUAAGCGCUGGAAGCGCUGGCGACGGUGGCCCAAGCAGAAAGAACUUAACCACCAUUCAGACACACAGUGGAGGCGGUGGCGGUGGCGGUGGCACUGGCAAUAGCUGUGGCAACGGUAAUGAGAAUCAGCAGCAGGUGACGACAACGCGACGCCACAAGCUGCUCCCCUUCAAGCUGUCAUUCAAUCGAGUUGCCACGCCCACGCUGAACUUGAGAUUUCUCAACAAUCGCGCCAAGCGCAACAGCCUCUCGGCAAAUGCGGUGGCCACGGAGCAGAAGGCCACCAAGGUCCUGGGCCUGGUCUUCUUCACCUUCGUCCUGUGCUGGUCGCCGUUCUUCAUACUGAACAUCAUAUUUGCCGCCUGCCCUGAAUGCCAAGUGCCCGAGCAUGUGGUCAACACCUGCCUCUGGCUGGGCUACGUUUCCUCGACGAUCAACCCGAUCAUUUACACCAUCUUCAAUCGGACAUUUCGAGCGGCUUUCAUCCGUCUCCUCAAAUGCAACUGCGAACGCUCGGGCCGCCCGCUACGGUAUCGCUCCGUGACCGAAGGGCGCAGCGCCUUGAGUCUGUGCGCCCCCUCAGCCCUGCCGCUGGCCAUCUCGUUUCAGGGCGCACCACUAAUGACGCCAUCCACGACGAAUGCGACGCCGCUGAGUGAGUUCCGGAGCAGUUAUACAAUCAACGAAGACGAGCGCUAAGCAGAGCGUUCGGUCACUUGCGUUCAGAGAGUCAAACACGAAUUUAUGGGCUAUGUUGUUAAGAAAGUACAAGCAAACUACCAACGAAUGGUCGGUGGGGCGAAUUGGCGAUGAAUCGAAUAAUCAGACAGCUUCAACAUGUACUUUAAGCUGAAAGCCAAAUGAAAAUCAAGAUAAUAUUACAGGGUGACCCAUUCCAAAUCAAGAUUGAAUUGAUAGCCAAAUACUACCAUUUAAUAGCAAACACAUAGUCAAAUGUUAUCUACAGGGUGACUCCUUCAAAAGCAAAUCCUGUAAUGACAAACUUUUUACUGUGGCAACACAAAUCUCAACUUGAAAGAGACAAGAUAAAAUCAAAUCAAAGAAAACAGCGAGAAAUUGAAACAGAAAAUGAAAUUGGUAACUCAUUGAUAAUCAAAUAAAUAUGGUCAACUAUACCGUACCGAAAUCGCACUUGAAAAGGUUCAAAAUGAAAUCCAUUCAUAACAUAUCGAGAUUAAAAACGUGAAAUGUAGGAUGUUUCAUUUUAAAUCAAAUCAAAUAUGGAAGCAAAUUACACCGAAACAAAAAAUCAAAAUGAUGACUCAUUCCAAAUCGAACGUAUAUUGCAAAGCCGUGAAAUACAGGGUGUUUCAUUCAAAAUACAAAUUAAGUACAAAAACAAAUCAAAAAUAUAAGUGCUAAACGGAACCGCGUAAAUUAAAUUGAAUGUAUUACCUGAACAGGGCAAAUGCUAUUCGAAAUAGGUAAAGACCGCAUAAAUGCAUUGAGUAAACCAAAUCAAGAAUAAAAAAUGAAAUUUUCUAAAUACAUAUAUGUACGUCUAAUUAUCGAACUAGGAGUGAUAAACUAAAUGUCAAAGAUAAUCCUAAAGAACGAUAGAAUUGAGCGACAGCAGAUGGAAUCAAAAAAAAAGUAUUCCAAGUUUAUUUUAAGCAUACAAUCAAUUAUAAACUACAGGGAGAUUCCUUCAAGCAGCAAAAAUACAUGUCGGAUAAUUAGGAAUCUGCAGCCAGACGAAAGCAACAGCCAUAUUCCGGUAAACUGUAAAAGAUACUUCUCAAAAUAGUCGAAAGCUGCUGCUUCAUUCAUACCCGCUAACCUCAGAUGAACUCUUCCCAUCAAAGACCCAAAGACCAUACCGAGCUAACGCAGCUGGUAACUUAUAUUGAGUGUAUUGAUUGUACCAAAAAUAAACUACAAGUAACAUAUGAAACUAAGAAAAGUCACUAUAAAUAACCGGAUGAAUGUUUUACUCUAAUUAAAAUAUAUGAAAUACGAGUUGAGUUACUCAAAAUAAAUGUGUCUCAAUGUCUAAAUGAGAAUGAGGUCUCAAUGUCAAAAAGAAUGACAGCAGACGGUAACCGUAGAAAAUAAUCCAAGUUUCUUUUAAGCAUAAAAUCAAAUACAAAUACAAAUAAGAAAAUACCCUGAUUUCUCAUUUUCAAUGGGUUCAGGGUAUACGAAAAUACAGGGAGAUUCAUUUAAAACAAAACCAAACAUACAUAGUUGACGACUAAUGAUGAAUAUGGCAACUGUACCCACAAAGAACAGAGCUAAGAAUGGCACACAAUGAAUCCCAUUCAUAGCAAAGCGAACUUAAUGUGCACCGUGAAAUACAGGGUGUUUAAUGUUUACUCAAAUCAAGUAUAUAAGCCAGAAGAAGACAGUAUAAAUAACCGGAUAAAUGUACUGCAGAAACUUCAAAUACAAAACACGUGUUGAUUUUUAACAAAACUGUCAAUAAAGAGGAAUUAGGACGCACAUACCAAAGAUAAAUUGAGAAAACGACAGAACAGAACGACAGCAGAUGGUAACCAUAGAGCAUACAUAGACUUUAAUUUAAGCACAAAAACGAAUAGAAACUACAGGGAGAUUCAUUCAAAUUAAAGCCACAAACAGUUGACAACUAACUGUACCAGUGGCAACUGUACCUACAAAUGGCGACAUUAAAAUUAUAAGGACGUGACGAAAUCGAUAGCCAGUUCGUCUGGCUUUGCUUCAAGCUGUACUUUCCAAACUAGACAGCAGCUGGACAUUUCAGUGCAUAGAAGAAGAAAAGCAUGUGAAACUAUUUACUAAACUCUAUCAUAUCAUCAGGCGACAUAAGAUCAGGCGAGACAUUGCGCGUAUUAUCUAGAUUAAACUGUACCUGUCAUAUUUCACUCUAUCAUAUUAUAGCCAUACGUCAACUGUACUUACUAAAUGUAUAUAUGUAUGUAUAUAACAUAUGCAUAUGUAUAUUUCGCAAGCCCUAUAAUAAUAAUAUAGUAUUAGUGAAUAUUGGGCUCAAUUGCAAUGUUGUAAAUGUUAUUAUCCGUAGCAGCGUUUGUUAGCCAUUUGACCUAUUUAAGCGCUAAAGCUUAUUGUAAUUUCGAUAAUCUCAAGAAUUUCACCCCACGGGGAACUAUUCCAGCGCCUAGGCAAACACUUUGCUUUUAUAAUUUAUGUUUUUGCAAUGAUGAGCUCUCUGAACACUAUUUCGUACAUGUAAGAUAACAUGAUAAAAAACUUAAAUAUAUGUAUGUGUGUAUAAAUGGCAAAGAUGUUAAUAAAAAAUAUAUACCUAUCUAAAA